UCGUCUCAUUUAAUGGUUGGUGUCUGAGCGUACUCUGCUGGAAUCUCUUUCCUCCCCCGGUUCAUUCGCUUAACCGCCAUGGACGAUCUACCUGAAGGGGAUUUCCCGGAUUGGGAAAUCCUUCCAAGUCACGACCGCUGUAUUGCAUCCCCUCCCCAUGAACCCCAAGAUCAUCAGAACUCGGGGUUCGUUGAAGACGAUUCUCAUGGUAUAAUCAAACCCUUGUAUUUCUCUUCCGACCCCGCCGUCAAUUUCUUGGGGGUUCAGGAGGCCUCCGAGGGAGAUACUUCGGGAGCUGACCCAGAGCCCGACGAUCCCAUGUGGGUCGAUCCUUGUUUGGAGUCUUGCCUCAGGGAGAGGGUCGUGGAAAUGGAUGAAUCGGAGGAAGAGAAGCCAGAGAAAUCGUCCGAGUCCGGCGAUUCCCUGCCGGAAAAUCAUGUUUUCGAGCCGGAAAGGAUGGAGGUCGAAGCGGUCGCUGGUUGCAACGAGGAAAGUAAGGAGGUCGGAAGCGGGUUGGAACCCGGAGGCCUCGAAGAGAAAGAGUUCCGAGUUGUUGGACGGGAAAGCAAGGUGAGGUCCUGGUGGAGAGUCUCCUUCGAACUCAUGAAAGUUUUUGUCUUGAGGUCGAGCCCGUUCUGGUCACUCUCCGUCGGUGUUGUAGCGAUGGGAGUUCUUAUACUCGGAAGAAGAUGGUACAAAGCUAAACGCAAGGCUCAGAGUUCAAUCAAGGUCUGCGUUGAGGAUAAGCAGAAGGUUUCUCAGUUUAUGGUACAAGCAGCACGACUCAAUGAAGCAUUUUCUGUAGUAAGGCGAGUCCCUGCCAUCCGAUCAUCACUGCUGCCUUCAGGUGUAUCUCCAUGGCCAGUGAUUGGAUUGAGAUAAGAUACUUUGUGCUACAGCUUCGGCAACAUAGACAAGCAUUUUACACGGUGAAUUUUUUUCCCUCAUCUGAUUGUACUUGUUGCCAAAGGUAGUAGUCAGUAAUUAAAUAGAAAUGGAAAGGAUGCUUUCAUCAGCAAAUUGCAUUUGUACUAAGGGACAUGUCUACGACUUUUGGUGCUUUCUUAUCUUUGUAAUAUAUCUGGUUUGGCUGUGGUUGUGAUGGUGAAAUGUAGUGUUCAGCAGUGACACUUUAGUGCUUGUCUGUUUCCUCAACUAAAAGUUGUUGAGCGACUACUUAUCAAACUUGAGACCUUACGGUCAUAAAAUAGGGAACAUACUUGUGGAUAAGGAACAAGUGGUAAGGUGAUGGCUUUCUUUUUA